GCAACUACGAAUUCGCUGUCUAGUUGCUUCUGGCAGUUUAUCGUCAGUUCUGAUUUGUUCUGGUACUCGUGUACGCCACAGUAUUAUUGUAUAAUGUAGAUUUAUAAAAUGAUCGUAGUUAAAGUGUUUUAAAUCUCUUCUAAUUUUAUGGCCAUACCUAAAUAAUUAUUAAAUACAUGGUAUUAUACGAACUUUUCAUUAGUAAAUUGUUUAAAACUAUCGAAAAAUUAUUCUUCCUGUAAAAGUCAGUUUUAUACAAGACGAUUACAUAAUAUUCUAUUAAUAACUUGGCGUCUAUGUCAACACCGGCAUUUAACCAUGAACUUUGAGGGUAAAGUAGUGUUAAUCACAGGAGCCAGCUCCGGUAUAGGAGCAGGUGCUGCAGUAAAAUUCGCCGAAUUGGGAGCUUUACUAAUCAUCAAUGGACGUAAUGAAGAAAAUUUAAAAGUCGUUGCAGAACAGUGCUCUGCCGUUGGUAAGGAUCCACAUUUGGUCAUAGCAGACAUAUCAAAGGAAGAUGACACGGAACGACUUUUGCAGGAAACUUUAAAAAAAUAUAAUAAAUUGGACGUAUUGGUUAACAAUGCUGGCAUCAUUGAAACAGGCAGUAUUGAGAAUACAACCCUCGGACAAUAUGAUCGUGUGAUGAACACCAAUUUACGUGCUGUGUAUCACUUAACAAUGUUGGCUGUACCGGAAUUGAUAAAGUCCAAAGGGAAUAUCGUAAACGUAUCAAGUGUGAAUGGCAUACGUUCAUUCCCCGGUGUACUUGCGUACAAUAUUUCUAAAAUGGGCUUAGAACAAUUCACUCGUUGCAUCGCUCUGGAACUUGCUCCAAAAGGUGUUCGAGCAAAUUGUGUCAAUCCUGGAUUAGUUGUAACAAAUAUACACAAACGCGGCGGUAUGGAUGAGGAGACAUACCAAAAAUUUGUGGAACGCGCGAAAACUGCACACGCUCUUGGUCGACCUGGUACCGUAGAAGAGGUAGCAAAUGCUAUUGCAUUUUUAGCCAGUGACUUGGCCACUUUUACGACUGGCACUAGUUUGUUAGUAGAUGGAGGACGUCAUGCUAUGUGUCCACGGUGAUUUGAUAAUAGAUGUAUAUGUACAUUGUAUGUACAUCAAAUUCUGAGAUGUUAUAUAUAUGAAUUUGUUUUAGCUUUUAAUGAAUUUAUAUAUACUUACAUAAAUAAAAUUUAACUAAAAUAUG